AUGAGUCACCAACCAGAAUCCUCGAAAAGACCGUCUGCAAUGCCGGAUCGUGCAGAAAAACGUCUAAAAAGCAUUGAUGAGAAGGAGUUAUUGCUGAAUUCGGAUGACGACUUUUAUGCAGCGAGCGAUAUAGAUGAUAUAAAUUAUGAAUUUGUUGAUAGUGAAAGUGACUCGGAAUCCGAAGACGAAGAUUCCCAAUUGCAAGUGAAACAAAAUAAUGAGGCUGUGAAUGAAGAACUAAUAUCUUUCAAUCAACUUGCAGCGACAUGUUGGAGUACCGACUUCAGUUCUAUAAAGAAAAUUCCCUUUACUCGGACAAAUACCUUACUAGUGCCGGCGCCGAAUAAUCCGAGGGAUUAUUUUAAUUUAUUUGUGAGUGAAGAUUAUUUACAGAAAAUCGUCGAUUGCUCAAAUAGAUACGCAGAAAACUUGAAAAAUUUAUCUAAUCAGUUUCAGUCUCGAAUAACACAAUGGAAGUCCCUCACUCUUGAAGAACUGAAAAUCUUCAUUGGGUUACUAUUACAUACAAGUUCAGCAAAGAUUGUUGAUUACUGGAAAAUUCACCGUUUAUAUAAAUCAGUUUUCCCUCAAUACAUGUCGAGAAAUAGAUUUCAAUUAAUUCUAAGAUGCCUCUAUUUUGUUGAUGUGCAAAAGAAUGCCGAUCACAUUGAUAAAUGCAAAUUAGCAAUAGAUAAUUUCAAUAAUGUUAUGGAAAGUAUUUAUUACCCCUGUAAAAAUUUGUCAGUAGGUGAAUCAAUGAUUCUAUGGCGUGGUCGACUUAUUUUCCCCCAAUACAUUAAAGGAAGAAGACAUAAAUAUGGAAUCAAGUUGUUUGCUCUUGCGGAACCAAAUGGUACCAUUCUAAAAGCAUAUGUUUUGGCCAGUACAGUAGAUGUAAUUUCUGGGAGAGGUCACACAGAAAAAAUAGUAGAAAAUUUAUUAGAGGGAAAAUUGAAUGUUGGCCAUGCAGUGUUCAUGGAAAAAAAAUUUAAUAGCUAUGGUUUAGCUGCCAAACUAUUGGAGCAAAAUACGUAUUGCACGGGUACAUUGAGUAAAAAACGUAACGAUAACCCAAACUGCAUAUUUGCCAAAAAACUAAAAAAAGGUGACAAUGUGUCACAGUGUCAUAAUGGUGUCCAUGUAGGUAAAUGGAAGGACAGGAAGGAGAUAAAUUACAUAUCUACUGAAUUUCCUAACAAAAUGCAAGAAGUGAUCACCAGACAUGGAACUAUGAGAACGAAACCUGUAGCCAUCAUUAAUUAUAACAAAAAUAUGUCCGGCAUUGAUCUACAAGAUCAAAUACUCAGUUACUACCCUUGCAAAAGGGAAGCAUUGCGUUGGUACACCAAAAUUUUUAUACAUACUUUAAUGAUGAGUCUGCUAAAUGCCCGGGUACUUUAUAACAAAUAUUCUAAUCAGAAGAGUAUGACACUUUAUGAUUUCAGGGAAAAAAUUAUCGAAACUUAUUUGCCAGAAAUAACAUCUGACGUGCAAACAACACAGAAGGGAUGUGAAAACCAAGACCAACACAAGCUAACUAAAAUUGAAAAAGCCAAACCGCGAUGUCUUAGUAAUGGUAAAACAGUAAACGCAACAUCCAGAAAGGAUUGCAGAAAUUGUUAUAAAAAUAAAAAAAGGUUAAACACUACCACUGAAUGUAAAAAAUGCCCAGGUUCUCCUCCAUUAUGUUUUGAUUGUUUUUUUGAAUUGCAUAACUGCACUGCUAAAUAA